GAUUUUGCUGUACGACCCAAAUGGGCUCCGGGGCUUAACUCAAUGGAGCGAGAAAGGAAAGACCAACGAAAAAAUUUUUUUUUUCGGGUCUUGAAAGGCGAAAGAGUUGAGUUGCGGGUUUGAUAUCGUCUAAUCUAUUCCAAUCCAAAUGGCGCGGUGGUGGUGGAAGGCGGCGCUGGUGGUGGCGAUGGUGGCCGCGCUGAGAAGUUACGCGCUGAGCCACGGUUGGGACAAGGACGCCGCUCUUAACUUGCUGACUGACUGGUCCCAAAGCCUGGGCGUCUGGGCCAUCCCUCUUUAUGUCUCCGUACACACUCUCUCCAUCGCACUCUGCCUCCCCUCCGCCGUCUUCCUGGAAGCCGCCGCCUCUCUCCUCUUCGGCUUCCUCCCGGCCGUCCUCUGUGUCUUCUCCGCCAAAAUUCUCGGCGCCUCCCUUUCCUUUUGGAUCGGCAGGUUGAUAUUCAGGAGUUCCAAGUCAGCAGUUGAAUGGGCCCACAGAAACAGAUACUUUAAUCUUCUUUCGAAAGGAGUUGAGCAAGAUGGUUGGAGAUUUGUUCUUCUUGCUCGCUUCUCACCGCUGCCGUCAUAUGUUAUUAACUAUACCUUAGCUGCUACCGAUGUUGGGUUCCUUUUGGAUUUUCUUCUUCCCACUGCAAUUGGAUGUAUACCCAUGAUCUUGCAGAAUACAUCAAUUGGAAGCCUCGCCGGUGCUGCUGUAGCUUCAGCCUCCGGCUCCAAGAAAUCUCAAUUUUGGUCUUACUUUUUCCCCCUAGUUGGUAUUUUAUCAAGUGUACUUAUUUCCUUGAGAAUUAAAAAGUACUCAACUCAACUUUCGGUAUCUCAAAACACUCCCAGCAAAGAUAACCCCGUUGAAGCGCAUUCAAAAAGUUCUUAACAUUGUCUUAGGUGCAAAAUUAACAUCAUAUAAGCUUUUCUUUUUUCAUAUUUUUUAUUUUUAUAAAUGAAUGUUCUGUUAUAAUUUGAAACAUGAUCUUUCACUUAGUCUGGUAGUUCCUCUUAGUUUUCACUCUUGUAAGAUUGUUAUAUGUUCAGACUCAGUCCCUUAGAUCUUGGUUGGGAUUUUCCUCUUAACAUUUGAGUAGAUUCGUUGAACUUACUCAAUAAUUCUAUUGAUUGAACCUGCACGCAAACUGAGCUUGACAUGUGGGUCGGUGGGAUGCAUUAUGCAAGUUUGUGAAUGGAGGGAAUGUGCAAUAGUUUACGCGUUUUUAUUAUUAAAAUACAUUGGAAUUCAAUUGAAAGCAUUACCGUAUACAAUUCUGUGAAAAUCAAAUAAUAUAAUAUAAGGUUAAAAUGGUAUUGAAGUAAAACGAUAAAAAGAAAAGAAUUAUCUAUCCCCAAUAAAAAAU